AUGAAGACCUCUGGAACCUGUAUACUGUUGUGUCUCUUAGUAUUCUCCUUGUCCCCAGCUGACUGGUUCCCAUGGGUGGUCAAUGGGCAAGAACCAGAAACUGCAACUGGUAAAUCUUUCAGAACAUCUUCUCUUUUACCAGCUCCAGCUGUCACACCACCUGUGCUUCUUCGUCCUGUUCAAUCUGACAGUGAAACUACAACGGCUUCAUCAGAUUGUCGUGAAGAGAAGUUCCCUUGCACACGCCUGUACUCUGUUCACAAACCAGUAAAGCAGUGUAUCAGCUACCUCUGUGUUACAAGUGUGCGUCGCAUGUACAUAAUAAACAAGGAGGUGUGCUCUCGCAUUAUUUGCAAGGAGAAUGAAGUCAUGCAAGAUGAGAUCUGUCGCCAGCUGGCUGGCCUUCCUCCUCGACGUCUCCGCCGAUCUGGACAGCCCCUGCAUCUCCCUUGUAGACAGCUCCUGGAGCAGCAGCGUGGAAAGUCUGAUGCUCUGUGAGCUACCAACAGGAGGAGUGGAAAAGGAUGGGAGAGAAGAGAAAUCAUCACCACUACCUACAAUCCAAGACAAGUCCCUUUUGUUUGAUUUCCCCACUAUUUCCUUGCUUCUCUGCCUUUCCCUAGAGCCUCUUCUUCAGGUGCUGCAACACACAGAGUCCCCUCACUACUAGUCUGUCAUGAUGGCUGUUGGCAUCU